AAGGUUAAAUAUUUUUCAUUGACAAUUAGCGCACGUGUUAAUCAUAAUAAACAACAGUGUUAUCAGCUGUUAUACAACGGUUCGCGCAUGCGCUACUAAUGUCAUCGGUGGAUAUUAACCUAAAAACGCUGAAACAAUGGUCCGGUUCAAAAAUAGGUACUUCACAUUAGAGAUAACAUCAAGUGUUAAUCCAAAUAAGACACUGAUAUUAAAAACAACCGGAUUGCAUCACGCUAUUCAAAAACAAGUGCAUCAUGAUUAUGGUGAUUUGGGACAAGCUGCAAUAAAUGCCGGAUUUAACGCAAAAUAUUGCAACACACAAACAGGAAUUGCUCUCGUUAAAGUUCGACAUGGACCGCAUAAAUUUUUACUUACUUCCGUUCCAAAAAUUAAUAAAAUUGGUGAUCAGACGGUGGACGUGAAAAUUUUAUACGUUGGAGCAACACUCAGACAUUGUUUCCUGUUUGUUAAAAAACAUCAACAAAAGAAACUUAACGAGAUAUGGAAGAACUUGAAGACUGACGAACAGCGACAUCAGAUGGAGGAACUUUUCAUGGGUAUGACACCCGCCAUGAAGGAUUUCAAGUAAUUUUCAUAAUUUGUUAAAUGUAUAAAAAUAUUAAUAAUAUAAUUCACUAAGUACCUUAGUUAAUGUAAGUUUAAAACAAAUACGAUUUUGUUUGUAAAUCUAUUUUUAUAAAGCAAUUUCUAAAAUUUA